UGGACGGAUUUCCGCCGUUUGGAAAUCUUCGUUCGAGUGUUUCGUGGGAAUAGUCGAGAAGUGCCGACUUGGUCGUGGAGAAGUGCUGAUUCCCGACGCGCCUGAGAAGCGCGAGGAUACUCGACGAGUGUUUGUGUGCCCGAGAGGGAUAUUGUAAUCUCGGUGAGAUCUUCCAGUGUGUGCAGCGUAGUGAGGAUUUAACUUGUGUUAACUUGGAGGACCGACGAUCGACGGAUCUACUCGCGCGGAUCCCUCGACGGAUAUGUGGAGGUACGAGACGGUGCGCUUAAAAAGUGUACAAGCUUCGAAUCCGCUGAUCUAGCGUCGUCACGGAAUACUCAUUUUACACACGCUUCACGCAUUCCUGGGUCGAGGAAAAACUGCGGAGGAUUCGAACAUGCAAAGCGCUGUCGCGUGCAAUCGCUGACUGGAUCGUGUGAUCGACGGCGAGCCGACGGGUAGCUUCGCUGCUCCGAAAAGGCCGCGCCGUCUCGCGUUCGUUGGCGUCGGGCCGCUAAGGAUCGCCAGCGUCGCGUCGCUCAUCUCCGAGUGAUCUCGGCGAGAAAAUUGAACCAAUGAACCGCCUGGCGAACUGUGUUCCCGAGAGAAACACGGGCUGGCUCCAUGGGACCGGCGUUAUUUCGGACACCAUCGACAACGGUGCGCCGAGAGACGCGGAUCGAGUGUGAUCGUUUUAAUUUUGAGAGACUUGGAGAUCACGAAUUUGGCGAUAGAUCAAAUUCGCGGUGAGUCGCCUUUGAGCUUCCAAGAAGAUCAUCGAAGGCUCCCAUUGAGUGAGACUCGUCGCUCCAGAUAUAACUCCGAGAUUAAUUGGGGACUCACGAUGACGGCGUGAGGGACCAGGUAGGAUCAUUUGAGGAAGGUGGGACAAGGUGGGUCCACGUUGUCAGGAUCAUCGCGGGAGGAAGAAUACGGUCAAAGUGGAGUGUGGAUGUGGUGGAGGUGCGACAGUGGUGGAAGAAGUAGGUGGUUGUGGACGACUGCAACGAGGUCGCGGGCGAAAGUGCAACGGGUGCUGUGCCUCGCGGUUCGUGGUUGGUGCCGGUGGUUGUUAACCGAGUACGGGUGUUUAAGUGACGGUGCCAGUCCGUCGUCCGCCGUCAUUGUUACCAUGGUUUCCACGUCCUUCGUGACCCUGGUGUUCCUCGUGUGCCUGCAAACGGUACUACUGUCGACUGUGAGCAACUGCGCCAAGACGAUCAGCAUGUACUGGAACACCACCAAUUCCAUAUUUCGAAUAGACAACACAGAUCACAUAAUUGACGUGAACAAAAACAACGCAAUGUUCGAGUACGAUCAAGUCAAUAUAAUAUGUCCUGUGUAUCCGCCGGACACGUAUGUUGAUGACGAUGCUGAGAAGUACAUCAUCUAUAACGUGUCCAAGGAGGAGUACGAAACAUGUCGGAUAACGAACCCGAGUCCGCGGGUAAUAGCAGUGUGUGACAAGCCGCGCAAAACGAUGUACUUCACCAUCACGUUUAGGCCGUUCACGCCGCAACCCGGGGGCCUCGAGUUCCUCCCGGGCCACGAUUACUACUUCAUCAGCACCUCGUCCAAGGACGACCUUCACAGGCGCAUCGGCGGACGGUGCACCAGCCACAACAUGAAGGUCGUCUUCAAGGUCUGCUGCAGCAAUGAGGCCGAGGCUUCUUCGUCGGCGACAUCGCGCAACAACUCCGUAGCCGUGACCAGCAGCACCGUGCCCAGCAGCAGCUCGACAAGCACCGCGGUUUUGGGCGGCUCCGCCGCCGGUCUGCCAGCCCCGCCGAUCGUCUACAGGGGCGGAGAUCGAUUCUACCCGGAGAUCAGCAUCGAUCUCGAUCCACAUCAACCAGGCACGGCGGCGCCGACCCUGCCUCAUGUACCCUCACCGGCCAUCUACCCUGUGCAUCCGCAUCAGCCGCAGCCGCCAAUUCACAAUGGAUCGCCGUCCUCGAUCACGCCGCCCAAGACUUCGACUGGUCAGAAGAAGAAGAACAAGGAAUAUUCGGAUCAUCCGAACGAGGUGGUGAAGAAUGAGGAGCUGACGUACAACAGCGCAAGUUCGUACGCUCGUACGCAAGUUCGGUACACAAGUCUAAUCCUAGCGACAGGUAGCCUACUGAUGAGCGCGUUGCUGCAGCAGCUGCUGCGGUGAAGCGACAGUACCAGCCACGUACGAGAACGUCGUAUAUCCCAUGCGUCGAAACCCCUUCUUCUGUGAUUAUCCUACGUUUAAUUGAUUUCUUGAGAGGCGCGCGAGACACGCGCGUAUCUCGGCCGUCCCUCGAUCGUAGUGAAACACGCACGAUCCAUGGUCGCGCCGACUCGAGAGAUAGCAGAGAAGACAGAAAAAGACAGAGAGAACGAGAGAGAGAAAAAAAGACGAAAAAGAAGAGACACGUCAAGAGAAGAGACACGCACGACACACGAGCGGCAGCGCCAUAUUAACUACAAUUAAAGAACUAGCGGGGUUCUCUAGAGUGGAAUACCGUAGAAGGAUGAAGACGAGGAAUAGGACGGGAAGUAGAAAGCGGAGAAGAAAAGACGGAAAGAGAAGCGCUACUACUAGACACUACUUAUAGUACACGCCCACUAUUAUCACUACUAUAAAUGGUAGUCGUAUUGGUUGUCCUUCUUAUCAUUACGCUAACUGUAGGUAUUUAUUCGAAUAUGAGAGAAAGAGAUGUGAGCAGGAGUCGUGGCAGCGUGCUAAGUAUCCUCGACCGAGAGCGAGAAAUGUACGCGAGAGAAGGACGUCUAUUAUAUAUUAGUAUAUAGUAUAGCAAGCCUAUGUACGCGAAUAACGUCAGAUCGCACGUCAUUAAUUCGAGCGAAUCUUUAAUUCAUGGAAAAAUGCCGCAUGGGCUCAGCCGUCGACGACGAACGGUCCUUCGUUAAGGGGUCCUCGCUCGGGGCCGGCAAGGAAAUAGUUUAUCCUGAGCGCGAUCACGUAAGCGCGCCGUGCCUCGAGAAAAGAGUACCUGAAAAUCCUUGAAUGCUUUCGGUUCGCGGCCAAGGCGGUAACAAUCCAGUGGAAAAUGAUCACGAUCCUAUCGCGAGUGGCUUUCGAAAAAACCUCAUAGAGAUACUUGGACUCGAAAUCGUCAAUGCGACGCGACGUAGUUCCUCGAUGACCAGACGAUCCGUAUCGAGCGAAAGCUCGAAAAGUCAGGAGGAAUCGUCUGGGAUUAAUCGUGUCUCUCAUGCGGCGUUUAAGUUCGGGCCGAUCGCCGCGGCCGCCCGGCCAAUCGCAGGACGCCGAGGACGAAGGAUCAUUCGAAUUCGCAUGCGAGAUCGCGAGUAGGAUAGUUAGCACGCGUGUAAAUAAAUUCCUAAUGAAUAUGUACAAGUGGCUCUUGUGGCCGCCUUGUAUGCCGACGGGCAACAAGGGGGCCGGGGAGAUUUAAGAAAGAGUGCCGUAUUUCUAGGUAAAUCUUAUAAUAUGAAACGAGAAAGAAAGAGAGAGAGCGAGAGCGUGGAUCAGAGAGAAAAUGUGAGCGCGUGUAUGUGCAUUAUGCAAUUAUGAUGAUAUGAGUAUAUGUGCUCAUUAACAAAUCGACGCGAGCCACGAACUUAGAUGAAUUUCUGUCAUGACAGAUCUAAUUGCAUCAUUGUCACGAGUCAAGGAUAGCGUAUCGAAUAGUAUCGUUGAUUCGAGCCGUUGGGUAAGAAAAGUAGCGUAGAAAAAGAAAUGAGCGAGCGAAUAAAGAAUAUUGUGCGAGAGAGACUGAAUCGCGAAAUCGAGUAAAAGACAGAUUUGUAUAAUAGCUGUAUCAUACUGAGACUUCUAUCUAUAGAUCUGUAUUAUAUUUAUUAUCCGCUAUCAUUACGCUAACGAAUAUUCAACACUCGAUAUUCUAUAUUUGCUAGUGAAAUAUCAAAUUUAAUAGCGAACAAAUUAACGUACUGCCGGCACCGGGGAUAAAGCGGUGAUAACGGCACGAAUGAGCCCCCGGAGCCAACCCUCUCUCACCCCGUCGUUUAUUGUUUCCCUCGUUGUUCAUUUUGUUCAGAGUAUAGUACACGAAUCAUGUUUCUAUUCACACUAUACAUGGUGCCUAAUCAGUUCAAUCAUGUUCUCGAUUUAUAUUGAUCCUUUUCUACAUUUUCCUUUUUUUUUAUUAUUUUAUUUAUUAUUCACAUUACCAGGGAAAAAGACUUGCGCGUGUACAUGUUUCACGCAUACACACCCGUGGAUUCACCUUUUGCAUGACGCCCAC